ACAUCGACAUAAAUCCACGUCACUAUUGGUCGAAUAAUUUACAUUUUCUUGAACAAGUAGUGGUGAAUUCGUGUUACAUUAUAAGAACUUAUUAUACGUAUAGUGGCUCACUCAACAUUCAACGUUCAUUUCUUACAGUUAGAACAUAAGUUUCUGUACUUGUGAAAUUUUUAAAAUAAAAAUAUUGUAAAAGCAAAUUAUAAUGGUAUCAAACGUGAUUGAUUUUUACAGUGAUAAAACUAUUUUUAUUACUGGUGGAACAGGCUUUCUCGGAAUUUGUUUAAUCGAAAAAUUAUUGAGAUCCAUUCCUGAUAUAAAAAAUAUUUAUUUGUUGUUACGAUCAAAAAAAGGAAAACAAAUAAAUGAAAGAUUGGAAGAGUUUAAAAAAAAUUCGGUAUUUGAUAGAUUAAAAGAAGAAAAUAAAAUAGAACUUUUGAAAAAAUUAAUUCCUGUGGCUGGUGAUAUAGGAGAAGAAAAUUUAGGAUUAUCAUCUUCAGAUAGGUUAACUCUUGUCGAAGAGGUUCAAAUUGUUUUUCAUUCUGCAGCAACAUUAGAUUUUGAAGCAGAUUUAAAAACUAAUAUAAAUAUUAAUUUAUUGGGUACACGAAGAGUUAUACAGCUUUGUCAAGAAAUAAGAGAUCUCAAAGCUCUAGUACAUAUUUCUAGUGCAUAUGUAAAUUCAACAUUAUGUGAAGUACAAGAAUAUCUAUAUCCUGCACCAUAUGAUGUAAAUGAAUUAUUUGAACUUGAAGAAAAAUUAGAUAAUAAAACUUUAGAAACUAAAAAACAACAUAUAAUAAAAGAUCAUCCAAAUUCUUAUACAUUUACAAAACAUUUAGCUGAACAUGAAGUUAAAAAUGGUGGUAUUUCUGCUGCUAUUGUACGCCCAUCAAUGAUUAUAGGAUCAUGGAAAGAACCAAUGCCUGGAUGGACAAUAUCAAAAAAUGGACCUCAAGGAUUUUUAAUGGGUGCUAGCAAAGGUGUUGUAAGAAGAUUACCAGUUGCAAAAGAAUUAAUUUAUGAUUAUAUUCCAGUAGAUAUUGUUGUAAACAAUAUUAUAAUUGCUGCUUAUGCUGUUAAUCAAGAUAGAAAUAAAGAGUUGAAAGUAUAUCAUUGUACAUCUAGUACAUGUAAUCCAUUUAAAUGGAAUUUUAUAGAAUCAAAAAUCAAUAAUUAUUUACAUACAUAUCCAUUGCAAAGUGCAGUUUGGUAUCCACAUCUUAAGUUUUUGUCUUCAAUUUUUUUAUUUAAGAUUUCUGCAAUAUUUGUGCAUUUAAUUCCAGCAUAUAUUUUGGAUACAGUUACAAAAUUAGCUGGUGGACGACCAAUUUUGGUACGAUUACAUACAAAUAUUAACAACUCAUUGAAUCGACUAGAAAAAUUUAUCUUUACUGAAUGGAAAUUUUAUAACACUCGCACAAUUGAAUUACAUAAUUCUUUAUCUGAUCUUGAUAAAAAUCUCUUCAAUUUAGAUAUUAAACCAUUGAUAUGGGAAGAUUAUUUUGUUAAUUUAACACAAGGAGUUAGAACAUACUUAAAUAAAGAAUCACCAAAAACAUUGGCAAGAGCCCGAUUUAAAAAUAAAAUAUUAUUAGUUGCUCAUGUGGGUUUACAAUUUGCAUUGCUAGGACUUAUUUGGUGGCUGGUUAAAACUAUUUUUGCUACUACAUGGACUAAAACUGGUUUCAUUAUUCCAUUUACUUAUUUUCUUUUUGAUCAAUUUUAAAUUAUAUAUAAAAUUUAAAUCAAACUAUAUUUCUAUAUAAAGUAUAUUUGAUAACUUAUAAUAUUUUAACAUAAUUCAAAUAUAUAUUAAUAUAUAUUACAAACAUUGCUUUUUAUGAUAUGAAAAAAAUGAUAAAACUUAUUAGUAUUAUUAGUAUUAAUAGUAUUAAUAGUAUUAGACAGUAUUUAAAAUUUUUAUAUAUUUUUGUUUAAAAAUGGUGUUGGAAAGUAAUGUUAUUUAAUAUAUAUAGUAUAUUUUUUAAAUAAUUUAAUUUUGUAUUAAAAAAAUUAUAAUGUAUAACUUAUAAUAAAAAUUAUAUUAUAAAUUUCUUCAAAAUUAAAAAUUAAUAAAGAAAUACCUUUUUCAUU